CUCACUGAGUGCUAUUUGUGGCUUUGAGCUUUGAAUGGGUUAAUAGCCAAAACGGCAUCUGACUCGUGCUACAGCAGACACAGAUUGUAAACGCCUCCUCAUGUCUGUAUUUAUUAAUGGUCAAGACAGAAAAGGGUCUCCUCAAACAUAAAGGUUCUUCAUUGUGUUGGAAACCCGAAUCUCUGAUCAAAGAAUCUGAAAGAAUCGACGGAUUUGAUCUGCGUCCGAGGGAUUUCCUUGGCUCUGUUGUUUUAAUUUGGUCUACCGUGAAGUUUGUGUGACAGAGAGCGAAGAUGGUUCUUGCCCACCUGAAAGGAUUUGGAAAUAAGCUGCUGAGGGUGAAGGUGGUGGACUGCAGCACAGAAGAGUCUCGACUUUCUCGAUGCCUCAACACGUUCGAUCUGGUGGCCCUCGGAGUGGGCAGCACGUUGGGCGCCGGCGUGUACGUGUUGGCCGGAGCUGUGGCGCGAGAAAACGCCGGGCCGGCUAUCAUCUUGUCCUUUCUCAUUGCGGCCCUGGCCUCGGUCAUGGCCGGACUGUGUUACGCCGAGUUUGGAGCGCGUGUUCCAAGGACGGGCUCUGCAUAUCUUUACAGUUACGUUACUGUGGGCGAACUGUGGGCCUUCAUCACUGGCUGGAACCUCAUCCUCUCUUAUGUCAUAGGGACGUCUAGCGUCGCUCGGGCAUGGAGCGCCACCUUUGAUGAGCUUAUUGGGAACCACAUAGAAAAGUUUUGCAAGCUUAACAUGAGCAUGAACGUCCCAGGACUCCUAGCCGAGUAUCCAGACUUGUUCGCCGUGCUCAUAAUCCUCACGCUAACAGGUUUGUUGGCGUUUGGGGUAAAGGAGUCCGCUAUGAUCAAUAAGGUGUUCACCUGCAUCAAUGUUCUUGUCUUGAUGUUUGUGGUGGUGUCGGGCCUGAUCAAAGGAAAGUCCAGUAACUGGACUCUAAACCCUGACGAGAUCCUCAACAAUACGAAUUCAUCAGGGCCGUUACCAUCUAAAGAGAGUUUGGGUACUGGCGGCUUCAUGCCCUUUGGUUUCUCUGGAGUUUUGUCUGGUGCUGCGACCUGUUUCUACGCUUUCGUUGGGUUUGACUGUAUCGCCACAACAGGAGAGGAGGUGAAGAACCCACAGCGGGCGAUACCCAUCGGCAUCGUUGCGUCACUGCUCAUCUGUUUUUUCGCGUACUUCGGCGUGUCAGCCGCUCUCACGAUGAUGAUGCCGUACUACAUGCUGGAUAAAAACAGUCCUCUACCUGUAGCCUUCAAAUAUGUAGGCUGGGAAGGUGCAACGUAUGCGGUAGCUGUUGGCUCUCUGUGUGCUUUAUCCACCAGUCUUUUGGGCUCUAUGUUCCCGAUGCCCCGGGUAAUAUGGGCCAUGGCUGAAGAUGGGCUUCUCUUUGAGUUCCUGGCCAAAAUCAAUGAAAAAUCCAAAACUCCUAUAAUGGCCACUAUCACCUCAGGAGUAGUAGCAGCUGUGAUGGCUUUCCUGUUUGAUCUGAAAGAUUUGGUUGAUCUCAUGUCUAUUGGCACCCUGCUGGCAUACACGCUAGUAGCAGCAUGUGUUUUAGUAUUGCGGUACCAGCCAGAGCAGCCCAGUGUAAUCGUCCAGUAUCAGGUAGCCAGCUGUCAGGAGGAAACCGAAGCAGAGUCCAUAAAUGACAGCAAUGCCGACAUCCUAACUGAAUCUCAAGAAACCUGCACCCUGCGCAACGUCCUGUGUCCCGAAAACGAAGAGCCGUCCCGACUCUCUGGGUUUACGGUCAACAUCUGCACCAGUGUAUUAGGUGUGCUGGUGUGUGUAUUCUGUGUUGUGGCAGUACAGGGCGGUUUUCAGACCUGGACUUAUGUCAUUCUCAUAGCUCUGGGCUUAGUUUGUUUCGUCAUCACCGUGAUAAUUUGGCGUCAACCAGAGAGCAAGACGAAACUCUCUUUUAAGGUUCCCUUGCUGCCGUUCCUCCCUGUCCUCAGCAUGUUUAUUAACGUCUACCUGAUGAUGCAGCUGGAUACAGGCACCUGGAUGCGUUUUGCCGUUUGGAUGCUCAUAGGUUUUGUUAUUUAUUUUGCCUAUGGGAUCAGACACAGCAAAGAAAGAGAGUUGAGCAUUACCGGCACAGAAGAUAACGCCUUUAAACCAUUGGAGACAGAUGAAUCUCCUUCACCGGAAAAAGAGGCUUUUCUGAGCAACGGUAUUUCCGCCACAGCCGAAGAGGAGGACGGCGACCCUUGAAAACACAAUUGAUGUGUCAGUUUGUGAAGCGAUUUUUCAAGUGCUAACUUGAGCUGACACCAAACCAACCUGCUACUGAAGUUCAAAAUAACUUUUAUGUGUUACUAGAUCCAAAGCACCUUUAAGCAGCAUUAUGAGAUGCGAGAGUCGGUUGUGAGGAUUCAUUUUUUACCUGAUGGAUGGAUGGAUGAAUGGCCAUCUUUUAUUCAUCUGAAACUUGAAGAACAGCGUUACUUAACAUAUGUAAGGACUUGCACUGCACUGUGUGAACAGUCGGUUCUUCCUUACUGUGUACAUUUUUUAAUCUAUUUAUUUGUGCAUGUGUCCAUCAUGCUUUUCUAUUGACUUCUUUUUAAAAUGGUCCUGAGUGAGAGCACAACGUUACCCAUAAUUCCCCUGUGCUGUGCAUGAGGUUACAUUGGGCCCUAUUCCUUUUGAUGGUCAGAACUCUUGAUAUGCAAAUUUUAGAGGUAGUUGCACAAUUGUGUCAAUACUGUGCUCUAUUCGGCAAGUGUAUUUUAAUCAGCCAAUGAAAAACAACAUCAUGUUUAGCAACUGUUUAUGUGACGUCCCCUAUUUAAAGUGCCUUGCAGGGGUGCAAAAAUGGUGUUUGGGUUUUACCCGGUCUGUCAACAUUGAAAAGCACUGAUUAUGUCUAUGCAAAUGGGAGCUGGUUUAAGAUAUAUCUCAAUUAUUCAGAGAGAUUUCAAUGCUUUUCUUUGGUUAGUUAUCCUAACCGAGUCGUCUAUUGUGUGCACGCUGCUUGUCUGAUAGUAUGAUGGAGUUUUAUAUUUGCAUCUGGUGUUGGGUUGUUUAUUUUUGUACAGUGUUAAGUGUAUAUUAUUGUUUUAAAGAGCACAAAUUGUCCGAUUCACGAUUUUACAUUUCCUUUGGUGUGUAUUAGUACAUGUUAACAAUAUGCAAAAGGUACAUACCCAAAAGUAAGUGAUGAUGCGAGUUAUCAUCUCCAAUGUAAAUCACUUUUCUACAACAAACACACGGAUUGUAGGCAACAAUUUACUUCCUGGGACUGGGGAUGUAGACAAGACUGACAUUAUCUUAAUUCCUGUAAGUUAACUCCUGUUAGCAUUGCAUUGUGACCGAAUCCUUCAAACGUGGUAAGGAGCGUCACAUUUCCUGCUGAUGUCAGAGCUAUUCAGGCCAGUACCAACGUACAGCUAAUCUGCUGGCCAAUCAGGGGCACAGAGCUUUUCAAAUUGAUGAGCUUUGUACAAAAUCUGUGCAUUUGAGAAAGGGAGGGAUUUAUGGAUCUACACAAGUAUACGGUAUGUGGAAAAUGGGUUUCUUUGAACCAUUAACCACGCAAACACAUUGUAUUAUACCAAAUACACAAAAUAACGUAUUUAGCAACGUAAUAGGUGCUCUUUAACCUUUAGUUUUGAAAAAUGUUUUUUUUAACCAUUUCAAAGCUUUAAUUAUCCUGAUUGGAUUUCAAUUUCACAAUGUGCAUUACAAAAAUCUUUUGGGAAAAAUUACAAUAAAUAUCAAGUCAUGUAUAUAAAAUUUGGAUUGUUUCACAGCAAACGAUGUUAAACGAAACUGUAAAUUACUGUAAAUAGCUGUUUUUUCGUGCAAUAAAUUAUUUUCUUGUUUGUAAAGAA